UCCCGAAAGCUAUACAACCGUACAGGAAUUCUAAAUUUCACUCAGUUGGGUUUAAAUUUUUUAUCCGGAAUGUUCACAUUUUUGUAGUUAUAGAUAGAAAUGUUUAACUCAUUUGUCUUUAAAUAAGCAAAGAAGAGAGGAACUUUGGCAAGUGAGACAGAAUUCUUCGUACAAGGAAGAAAAGUCACGCGAAAAUAAUUUUUGGCCAGAGGUAGAAUUAAAAGAACAGGCUGUUCUAUUGAAAUGCGCCGAAAGGAAAAUUCGGAUUACCAGUGAUAAUACAAAGCUGUGAAAAUUGAAAAAGCAUUUAGCUAAUUCCUCGCUAAGGGGUCAACUAUCGAUUUUUGCAUCAUAGUUUGAGUGCUGCAGCAGAACCUUGAAGUUAGACCGUCUCGAACUCUCGGGCGAAUCUUCGAUCAUAGUGUGUUUUUUAUUUCCUAUACUCGACCCAGCAGCAGCGUCAGCGCUAAAUCACCAGAAGUAGCAAAAUGUCUACCGUCGACAAGGAGGAGUUGGUCCAGAAGGCCAAACUGGCCGAACAGUCGGAACGAUAUGACGAUAUGGCACAAGCGAUGAAAUCAGUGACAGAAACCGGAGUAGAACUAUCAAACGAAGAACGAAACCUGCUAUCUGUCGCUUACAAGAAUGUCGUCGGUGCGCGAAGAUCGUCAUGGCGAGUAAUAUCGUCCAUCGAGCAAAAAACCGAAUCCUCUGCCCGCAAACAGCAACUGGCCCGGGAGUACAGAGAACGAGUUGAAAAAGAACUGAGGGAAAUCUGCUACGAAGUAUUGGGCCUGCUGGACAAAUUCUUGAUCCCUAAAGCGAGUAAUCCAGAAAGUAAGGUCUUUUACCUCAAAAUGAAGGGAGAUUACUACAGAUACCUAGCCGAGGUAGCCACAGGAGAAACCCGCAACACCGUAGUAGACGAUUCCCAAGCCGCUUACCAGGAUGCCUUUGAAAUUAGUAAAGGCAAAAUGCAGCCAACACACCCCAUCCGAUUGGGUCUCGCGCUCAAUUUCUCAGUCUUCUAUUACGAGAUCCUAAACUCUCCAGACAAAGCCUGCCAGCUGGCGAAACAGGCGUUCGAUGACGCGAUUGCGGAACUGGACACACUGAACGAGGAUUCCUACAAAGACUCCACCCUGAUCAUGCAAUUGCUGAGGGAUAACCUCACCCUGUGGACCUCGGACACCCAAGGAGACGGCGAUGAACCACAGGAAGGUGGCGAUAAUUAACCAAACUAAAAUUAAAGAAACAAAAAACACACACACUUAAAUAUAAUAGAAAUUCCUUUUGACUAAUUAAUUAAAAAGAAAAAGAAAAACAAGACAAAGAGAGAGAAGAAAACAAAUGCAGAAAUCAUUUCUUUAAGAAAUUGCUAUACACACUUUCUUUGUGGAGAGAACUCUCACAACAAGAGACAGAGAGAAAGAGAAAACAAAAAUACAUGUUUGUAUGUAUGUUCUAUUUAUCUCCCCUUCCCGAUGAAUCGUUUCCAUUUGGGAAACAUCCGAAAAGUUGAAGCUUCGUUACUACAGUUUCACUUCACAGGACAUAUUGUUGAUUUUUGUUUAGUUUAUCUGACAUAUACAGGCCGCAAAAUAGUGUUCAUCGCUUUAUGGUAUUUUAUGUAGUCAUCAACUGAAAUCGAUUUCACAUCAGAGUUAUUUUCUUUAGUAAAUCUCACUCGAGACACAAAGCAGCGACUUUUUUUUCGAACAAACUGUUUCCACGCAUUUCCAAUGCGGGCUCAGUUCUUGUUUUUUUUUCGUUGUACUAACAUUUUCGGCUAUUACAAUGUUUACUCAGAACACAACAUAAACCGAAUUGUAUUAUUCCAUGCCUCUGUGUCCCCUAUACGAAGAAUAUACUAAAAAAUCAAAGGAGAAGAAAAAAGCACUUCUGUAAAUGUGUAAACAUCCCGAUUGAAGUUUUUGUGAUUCACUCUGGAACAUGCACCGACGUCCGGUUUUUUUUUGGAAGGUCGUCAGUGAGUUCCGCGUAUACAAUUUCCAACACUUUUUACCAACAUAAAACUCGUUAACUGUAAUAACAGAGAAUGUAACCAGCAACGUCUUUCUACGCAUUCAAUAAAGAAACAAUCGAAAAGGAAAAACUAGCGUCGUCUACGAAGAACAAAGCGACGAAUCAAGAAGAAAAAGAACACAAACAUCGUUCUACGAAAUAAAAACAAAAACCAACAUCAAAUGGAAAUUAUUACUCUAAAAAAAUGCAUCAACAACAGCAGAAGAAGAACAAAACGCGCAUAAUGUAAGGAAAGUUUUUAUCAAAAGGCAGAAAAAUUAAAAAAAUAUCCAACCUUUUUAAGAGGAGCCUGGCUGCAUAUGCUAGCUACACAUUCUGUGAAGAAUUGUAACAAGGAAAAAUUUUAAUUUAUGGCGUUCACAAGAAAACACACUCACGAUUUUUCAUGUAUUAUAACAGCAGCAAAGUAUGGUGAAAAAACAGCUAAAUAAAACGGAACAAUAUUAACUGUUCGAUAACUGGAAAAAUAAUUUGCUUGUCAUCUCAAAAUUGAGUUUUCCUUUGUUCCCAUUCUCACAGGGCUGCUUUUCGUUCUCCGUUGGUCAUCGGGAAUGACAAAGGACAUCACGUACAUGCCAAAAAAAAAACGCACACCGUUUCCUCGUGGGAGUUGUUUGUACCCUAGCGUGACGUAUAUCCACGCAGCGUCAUAGCUGGAAAAGAAAAAGGUUUCUUCUCGUGAUCUUUGUGUAAUACAGGCAUGUUUUCCCCGAUCUGAGUGUAAUAUUGGGUGUGGUAUUUGUAUAGAAUAAGACAACCAGGAUACUUCGACACACAACACCCGUGAACGUUUACACCUUAUCCUAAUUGGCAUUUUCAUCUUAUCUUGGGUUUUAGCCUCAUUUUUUCAAAUAAUCGACAAAAACGAACGACACACGAUCGUUGGGUUGAGUUAAACUUUCAAGACAAAUCUUGCAGAUUGGUGCUAAACACGAGAUUAGAUAUGCGAAUUGUACCGACUAGUAGUAGAGUCGCUAUUUAAACAAUUUAUUGUUCCUCGAUUUUGAAUUGCUUGAUCUUUAGAACCAGUGUUUAGCAAAUUCAAGGGCAGCUUAAAACUAUUUUUAGUUACGAUUUUUAUGUCACUAGGUUUCUUUAGAGAAGGACAACUCACGAAUCGGUCGUGAAUGAAAUACCCUUAAGCCACGAAACCACCCACUACGCACUUCCUCUCUUUUCCUUUUCCCUUCUCACGAAAACACUAAAUAGAACGCUGACAACCUUAUAUUUACAAUCAGUGCUAUCUGCUGCAAGAGCGUUCGGCAGGACUAUGUUAUUUUAAUUUAUUGAUUGUAUCAAACGCAAACGUUUCAUAUAUCGAAACGAAAAGACGGCUAGAUCCAUCAACAGCUCCAAAGCUUCCAAGCUUAAUUGAAAAACAUUUGAAGAAAAAAAAACCAGCAGUAAAUGUAAUGAGAAUAACAAACAGAAUAAAUGAGAAAGAGAAUCAAAAAUUACUCAUCUUCGUUUUUCGGUAAUAUCGCUGUUUCCAUUCAUUGGUUGUACCAUAUUAAGCAAAAGAGGUAUUGUAUUUAAAACGAUUAAACAUCUCUAAGCUGAGAAUAAAACCUUCAAUAAAGAGACAAAAAACCGA